AUGGUGUUUUCCCUCUUUGUCACUUCAACAGGCUCUGUGGUUAUGUUAGCCCUGGCCUUUUUCACUCCUUACAUGGGCUACAUUCCUUCACCUGCACUGGGAGCUGUGGUCAUCUGUGCAGUCCUGCACUUUAUUGAAUAUGAGGAGGCCAUCCAUAUUUGGAAAACCAAAAGGUCUGACACAAUCCCUCUGGCCAUCACUUUCUUCUCCUGCCUGGUGAUUGGCUUGGAAUGGGGAUUUUUGGUUGGUGUCUUGUCCAAUCUCCUCAUGUUGCUGAUUGUCACCUCAAAUCCCAGCGUCCCAGUCCUCAAAUUCAGGAUUUCAGACGAAAUGCGAGUGGUGAUAUUCCGUCCGGACAGAUUCCUCUUCUACCCGGGGAUCCAAAAGGUCCGCAACCUCAUCAACAAGGGCGCCAUUCGCAACAAGGACGCCGUGAUCGUGGUGGACUGCAUCAACCUGGUGGACAUUGACUUCACGGGAUCCAAGGGCCUGGGUUCCAUAGCAGCUGCACUGCAAAAACGGGAACAGCGACUCGUGUUUGUCAAUAUCACGGCCCCCGUGAGCAAGGCACUGAGGAACUUCACGUUCGGCGACGUGGUCAUUUACGAAACUGCACAGUUGUCGCUGUGUGAGUUGUCGCUGUGUGAGUUGUCGCUAUUGGCUGUUGUGGCACCACAUGCAGUGGAAGACUUGGGCGCACUCAAAAGGUCUUUAUCUCACGCAGAUUUGCGGUGUGCCAGUGCCAACGACACUAGUGUCGAUGGGAAACCCUCGACACAAACCCUCGAAGAAGACGACGACGAGGACGAGGAUUAUUCCCUCGAAGAAGAACUUUUCGCAUAUAGUUUCAAGAUGGAACUGGAAAACAUGGGUCGGUCAUUUUCCGACGUGACGUUCGCGGGUGCGGAACCCGGCAGCAAAGAACACGCAGCUUUGGCAGCGAGAUUCCAGCAAGAAAUCGCACCCGGGUUCGGCACAGGAGCGUAUUUCCGCAAAAAGGCGAGGGAUUUUUGCUCGGAAAGGGCAUUGAAGAAGCAAUUUCCGCUUUGGGCAUGGGGACCGAAAUACACCGCGGAAGAUUUCGUGGGCGAUUUGAUCGCCGGACUCACAGUGGGUUUCACACUGGUACCACAAGUUAUUGCGUUUUCCGAACUCGCGAAUCUUCCAGCGGAAGGUCUUGAAAAAAAAAAUGACAUGAGGAAGUUCCAGACGAGGGAUUUUUGCUCGGAAAGGGCAUUGAAGAAGCAAUUUCCGCUUUGGGCAUGGGGACCGAAAUACACCGCGGAAGAUUUCGUGGGCGAUUUGAUCGCCGGACUCACAGUGGGUUUCACACUGGUGCCACAAGUUAUUGCGUUUUCCGAACUCGCGAAUCUUCCAGCGGAAGUGAGUCAAUUUUUUAUUUAUUUAUUUUUUUCGCUGUAUCGAUUAAUGAACUACAAGUUUGUUUAUGUGAUGAGUCCAUUGUCCGAAAAUUGA